AUGACAAGCUACAAGCCUUUGGGCUCUGCGGAUUCCAACUACUCGCAGCCAUCGUCGGAGCUGUCGCUGGACGAAGACAAGGAAGCGCUGCGCCGAGAGAAAGAAGCGCAGGCUAUCUCACAGCUCGACAAGGCAAGGUCAAAGCCAGUGGCCUUUGCGGUUCGGACCAAUGUCGCGUACGAUGGAACACUGGACGACGACUCGCCUGUGCACGGCAGCGCCAUCUCCUUCGAGGUGCGCGACUUCCUCCACAUCAAGGAGAAGUACGACAACAACUGGUGGAUCGGGCGGCUCGUGAAGGAGGGCUCCGACAUCGGGUUCAUCCCGUCGCCGGUGAAGCUGGAGACGGUGCGCGCGGGGCUAGCGCGCGGCCGCUACCGUCCGCCAUCCGCCGCGCCCGCCGCGCUUCCCAGCCGAGGUAGCACUCCCCCCACGCCCGGUGAAGACUCAGACUCGGGCAGGGGAAGAGGGGCGGGGGCGUUACCAGCUGGCAAAGAGAAGAGGAAGCCCUUCUUCAAGAAACAGGAGGCGUGCAGUCCGUAUGACGUGGUGCCUUCAAUGCGACCUGUGGUGCUAGUGGGGCCUUCGCUCAAGGGCUACGAGGUCACAGAUAUGAUGCAGAAAGCGCUCUUUGAUUUUCUUAAGAGGCGUUUUGAGGGCAGGAUAAUAAUAACUCGUGUGAUGGCGGAUAUAUCACUCGCGAAGCGUUCGCUGCUCAACAAUCCGUCGAAGCGGGCCAUAAUGGAGCGCUCCAACUCGCGCUCCACUUGCCUAGCCGAGGUCCAGGCGGAAAUCGAAAGGAUAUUCGAGUUGGCGCGAACGCUACAGCUCGUGGUGCUUGACUGCGACACCAUCAACCAUCCUUCACAGCUCGCGAAGACUUCUCUCGCGCCUACCAUAGUGUACUUGAAGAUAUCGAGUCCCAAGGUGCUACAGCGGUUGAUAAAAUCGCGCGGUAAAGGGCAAAGCAAGAACCUGUCAGUGCAGAUGGUGGCGGCGGAGAAGUUGGCACAGUGUCCGCCCGACAUGUUCGACGUCAUCCUUGACGAGAACCAGCUCGAGGAUGCCUGCGAACAUAUUGCGGAAUACCUCGAGGCAUACUGGAGCGCGACGCACCCGCCGACGGUGGCGCCGGCACCGCGCGCCGCCGUACACCCGCACCACGCGCCGCACCACGCGCACCACGCGCACCACGCGCAGCCUGGAGGCAGGUCGCGGGCGGUACGGCCCGAGCGGUUAGAGGAAGAAUAUUACCCACGGGAUCAGUAUCAGCGGUAUCCGCGAGAGCACUACCAGCGAGAAUAUCACGAGGGCUACUCGCACGAGUACCCACCGCCGGACGCGUACGAUCGCGAAGCGUACGGGCACGAUUAUACGCGUGACGCAUACGCGAGGGAGGAUUAUGGACGAGAGUAUGCUAGGGAGGGGUACCCGAGAGAGGAAAGGCCUCCUCGAAGCCGAGACCGAGAUGCGCCGGACGAUUACGGGCCGUCGAGGCGAGCACUCAACGCCGUGUAG